GGGAUCCAGGCUGAUCCAGGCCGGGUUUUGCGGCGGAGCGGGCUGUUAGUGUGUGCGGCCGCUUCAACUGUCGCGGCGAGCAGCGGCAGGCUGCGGGGAUCAUGGUGCAGCACGAGCUGUGGGCCGCGCUGUCUGGCGCCUCCGGGGUCGCUGUGGCCUGCUGCUUCGUGGCGGCGGCCGUGGCCUUGCGCUGGUCUGGAUGCCGGACGGCGCGGGGCGCGGUGGCCCGGGCGCGACAGAGGCAGCGAGCCGGCCUGGAGAGCAUGGACAGGGCGGCGCAGCGCUUCCGGCUCCAGAACCCAGACCUGGACUCAGAGGCCCUGCUAGCCCUGCCCCUGCCUCAGCUGGUGCAGAAGUUACAUGAUGGAGAGCUGUCCCCUGAGGUGGUGCUCUUCACCUACCUGGGAAAGACUCCCUUGACUGAGCUUUCUGGGCUCAGAGCAGGAGACACCGUCUUCCCUUUCCAGCCCGAGGCCUGGGAAGUGAACAAAGGGACCAACUGUGUGACCUCCUACCUGGCUGACUGUGAGACUCAGCUGUCCCAGGCUCCAAGGCAGGGCCUGCUCUAUGGCGUUCCUGUGAGCCUCAAGGAGUGCUUCACCUACAAGGGCCAGGACUCCACGCUGGGCUUGAGCCUGAAUGAAGGGGUGCCGGCAGAGUGUGACAGCGUGGUGGUCCGUGUGCUGAAGCUGCAGGGCGCCGUGCCCUUCGUGCACACCAAUGUCCCCCAGUCCAUGUUCAGCUACGACUGCAGUAACCCCCUCUUCGGCCAGACCGUGAACCCAUGGAAGUCCUCCAAAAGCCCAGGGGGCUCCUCAGGGGGUGAAGGGGCCCUCAUCGGGGCUGGAGGCUCCCCCCUGGGCUUAGGCACUGAUAUCGGAGGCAGCAUCCGCUUCCCCUCCUCCUUCUGUGGCAUUUGCGGCCUCAAGCCCACAGGGAAUCGCCUCAGCAAGAGUGGCCUGAAGGGCUGUGUCUAUGGACAGGAGGCAGUGCGCCUCUCUGUGGGCCCCAUGGCCCGGGACGUGGAGAGCCUGGCACUGUGCCUGCGAGCCCUGCUGUGUGAGGACAUGUUCCGCUUGGACCCCACCGUGCCUCCCCUGCCCUUCCGAGAAGAGGUCUACACCAGCUCUCGGCCCCUGUGUGUGGGGUACUAUGAGACUGACAACUAUACCAUGCCCACCCCGGCCAUGAGGCGGGCCGUGCUGGAGACUAAGCAGAGCCUUGAGGCUGCGGGACACACGCUAGUGCCCUUCUUGCCAAGCAACAUACCCUAUGCUCUGGAGACCCUGUCAACAGGUGGGCUCUUCAGUGACGGUGGCCAAACCUACCUACAGAACUUCAAAGGUGAUUUUGUGGACCCCUGCCUGGGGGACCUGGUCUUAACUCUGAAGCUUCCCAACUGGCUUAAAGGACUGCUGGCCUUCCUGGUGAAGCCGCUGCUCCCAAGGCUGUCGGCCUUCCUCAGCAGCAUGAAGCCUCGGUCAGCUGGAAAACUCUGGGAACUGCAGCACGAGAUAGAGGUGUACCGCAACACCGUGAUUGCCCAGUGGAAGGCGCUGGACCUGGAUGUGCUGCUGACUCCCAUGCUGGGCCCUGCUCUGGACUUGAAUGCCCCAGGCAGGGCCACAGGAGCCGUCAGCUACACCCUGCUCUAUAACUGCCUGGACUUCCCUGCGGGGGUGGUGCCUGUCACCACGGUGACUGCUGAGGACGAAGCCCAGAUGGAACAUUGCAGGGGCUACUUUGGGGACAUCUGGGACAAGGUGCUGCAGAAGGCCAUGAAGAAGAGCGUGGGGCUGCCUGUGGCUGUGCAGUGUGUGGCCCUGCCCUGGCAGGAAGAGUUGUGUCUGAGGUUCAUGCGCGAGGUGGAGCGACUGAUGACCCCCGAAAAGCAGCCAUCCUGAUGGCUCCAGCUCCAGAGGACCUGAGACUCACACUCUGCAGCCCAGCCUAGCCAGGGCACAGCUGCCCUGCUGCCACAGCAAGGAAGUAUCCAGCAUGGGGCAGAGGCUUCUGUGUCCUCUCCCCCAACCCCCUGCAAGAAGCACAGAUCCCCCGAGUCUGGACCUCGCUCCCUGCCCUGGUUCCCUCUCUUCAUCCUGGUCCCUCCACCAUAUGACAUGGGCCAAGACCCAAUUAACAGUCAAGAAACA